AGGAGGGUCUUUUUCUGCCUCCCUACUUCCUGCUACUGUCUGAAUGUGUAGCACACAGGUGCUUGCAUGGUGUACUUGAAUAUAUCCAGUAUUCUGAAUUUGCAUAAAUGGUGUAUCCUCAAGUUGUGGAGAAAGGAGGGUUCAUCACUGCUCAGUGCUUACACCUACACAGGUAAGCCACCUGAAGCUUAGUUUGUUUCAGUUACGUAAUGGGUGGAGGAGGAGCAUGUGGAUUGAGUUCAGUUUGAUUCUGAUGUAUCCAGGUGUGUUGGAUUUAUUAUCUGUAAUUGGCUUUAUUACAGAUUAUCUGUAAUCUGCUCUGUGACGGUUUUAUGGCAAAAGGUGGGAUUGGAACACCCAGUGUUCAAAACUCCCAUUGUUCUAGGCACAUUUUGUGACAGGGAAUUUCAUCCGUGCGAGCAGGUUCUGAGCUCCGGGAGCAGUGCUGCACCUAAGAUUUCAGACUAAAACUGCAGAGUGGAAGGAAAGGAGGACCUUUUUCUGCCUCCCCACUUCCAGCUACUCUCUGAAGGCUGGAGACGAGACCCUCCUAAGAAUAUUAGGGGGGGGGGCGGGCAGGGGAAGAACUAGACCAUGUGAAAGAUUUUAGUUGCAGUUCAUUCAUUUUCAGCUUUGUAUUCUUGUUUUUUUUUAAAAGCGCACCUAUACAUUCCACUGUUGCGCCCAUAACAUAGGUUUAAGGUGCCAUUUAGCUCCUAGCUUUCAUAUCUCUGUUUCUAACACUGCUCUGGAAUGCAUGGAGUUGAUGGGUUCCAGGCAGCAGGAGUGGUGGAUGAGAAGUUACUGAAGUCAUCAUUAUCGUAAGGUCUUUGAAUCUGAGUGAUGCUAUGAAAUGGUUUGUGAGACACAUUUCUGGUGACUUUAUGAGCACGCCUCUGUAGUGACCAUUGUGCCAUUUAUCAUUGUGAUUUCAUAUGGAACAGGAUUGAAAGGCAUUGAAAGUUUGUUGCAAAACUCUUAACAUAGAUCACCUCCCUCUCUCCCUUAUGAAAGGCACUACUGUGUCUCGCUUGCAUUGGUCUGUAUACUUUUUAAUUGCAAGCUUUGCCUUAUUAUCACGUUGGUGCAGUGUGCAUCCCUGUGUGGGAAGUCAAUUUGAGCAAAUGUUGUCCUUACCUUUCCACCAAACAUGGUAGCUGGUGCCAUGCAAGUUCUGAGGGUAUGGUUUCGGAGCUUCAGAGAAAUGGAAACAAUUCUUGUUUUAUACUGGCUGCCUCUGCUGUGACAAUUCAUAAGUCUUUCUCAAGCGUCCUCAUAAAUCUCUAAACUUCCCCAUUUGCUUGAGACCAACGAGAGGCAAUGUUUUUGAUAUUUGAAUCCAAGAUGGUCUGAAAAAUGAGGAAAUUACACACUUUGAACAGGUGGUCCAUUGUCACGAUUUACAGUAGUAGGCAGGCCAUUAGAUGAAAAGCAUUUGUCCAAUUUGGGGGUGACAGCAUUCGCUGAAGUAGUGGUGACCAUUUCUACCUCUUGAUCACUGCUGUGCUCAUCCAUAACAACCCAAAGAUGUCCUCCAUUGGCGAGGUCACAGAAAUCAGCACUGACUCGACCAAUGGUGAUAGAGGACAAGGGGAAACAUGCAGUGGCGCAGGGUAGAGUUUCUGUGGAAUAUUUUAUAUGCUUAUAUUUUAAUCCCAGGGAGGCAGAGACCGAAACCAAAAGUGGGUGGGGCGACCCCUUGCCUCACACUUUCUUUCUGCUACCUCCCUCCCUUCACCCAGAUCUUCAGCUGAUUGCAUACAGAGGGCUUUUGAAAUUAGGGCCACAUAAAAUUUGGCUAAAGGCCUCGUGUGGCCCUAGGGCUGCUGCAGUUUGCCCACUCCUGCCCUAGUGGUUGCAUCUCUGCCAUGGAAGCAGAGCAUUCACAGGUUAGAGAUUUGUCAGUUCAACGGAGACUCUUCUUGAGGUUGCUUAUUUACACUAUUCUCCUUUUAUGAAAUAAGUUUUGCAAGGGUAGUCUGUGGCCACUUCCCUUCCUGUAAACUGAUACAUAUGAGGCAUUUGAUCCCUGGGGGUGGGAAAAAACCCCCCUAUAAAUUCAAGUUAGUUGGAGCUGGGUGAAAGGAAGGAGGGAGGAAAAAGUGCUGCAUUUGUGUCCCCGUUCAAUUCAUCACUGCAAGGGCCUGAGAUAAUGCCUGUCACACAAAACUUCCCAAAAUAGAGCUCUUUGCUGCAGAGAAGGUUGCGGGGAGGGAAGGUACAGUAUAUGAGUUUCAGGAGGCAGAGUCCUUUAGAUCUAUUAAAAAAGCUGUAAGAAUUAUUGCUGAGUAGAACGCUUGAUUAUGCAACAUGAAGCCUUCUCUCUGGCUUGUCAUAUAGCGAGUGACCGAGAAUAUGGUCCUGGUUUAACACUUUUGAGGGCAGCUCUGCCUUCCCCAUCCAUUUGAUGGCUGGGUGUGUGUAUUAGGAAGACACACAACACUUUGCAGGGGAAGGGCCCUAGCUCAGAGGCAGAGCUUUUGCACUGCAUGCAGAAGGUCCCAGGUUCAUUCUACUAGCAGUCAGUACUGAGUUUGAUGGACCACUUCUCUGAUUCAGAAUAAGGCAGCUUCCUAUGUUCCUACAUAGGUUUUUCUUUGCCAGCCUGGGCUGGGGGAGAGAACUGUUGCUGGGGGGAGAGGCUUUGCUGUGGUGGAGGACCCAACUUAAUAGUGGUGGUAGGAGAGCCUGUUGAAAGCAUGUACUGUACACUAUUUUAUGACAUUUUUGUUGGCAUAAUAAAGAUAUUGCCCUGGUAUGGACUUUUUCUUAUGGACCAACAUAGCUACUUUUAAUAUCCUUGUGUUUAUCCUUUCCACAGUUUCUUAUAAUAUGGAAUCUUGGGCAUUAGUAUUAUGUACUAUUAUGUGCUUAUUCUUACAUUCUAGUAAUGGGAGUUGUUUCUUCCAGCCUUUUGACAACUAAUCUUUCAGCAGAAGCUAACUUAUUCCCUACAAAUUGUUUGUGUUUAGAUAGUAUCCCACCCAUUCAAUCUACCAAGUGAAAUAACUUUGGGAUUGGUUUAUAUCUUAUUCUCUUUAACAUUGUAUAUUACAUUAAUAACUUUAUCCCAAAAGUUUAUUAUUUAUUUUCAGUCCCAUCAAAGAUGCUUGGAACAUACAGUGUAGGGCCAAACUAUGGGAUUACCAGCCUCAUAUAACCAACAUGCUUAAGUUUAAUUAACACAUGAAGAGGUUAAUACCAUAGAGUAAGCUGUCCUGCCAGGCUUAGCUAUGUCCACUUCCCCUCACCUUGGGAGGUAAUCAAGCCUUUGUUCUCCCCCAGUCUACCUGAGAGCCUCAUAGUGUGAAGAGGUUUGAGCUGGUUGCUCCAGCCCAGCCACAUGGCUUUCACCAGCCAUUCUUGAGUUCCUUUAUACCAAUACAGUGGUACCUCGGGUUAAGAACUUAAUUCAAUCUGGAGGUCCGUUCUUAACCUGAAACUGUUCUUAACCUGAGGUACCACUUUAGCUAAUGGGGCCUCCCGCUGCCGCCGCACCACUGGAGCACAAUUUCUGUUCUCAUCCUGAAGCAAAGUUCUUAACCCAAGUCUGUAACCUGAAGCGUGUGUAACCCGAGGUACCACUGUACUUGAGGCACUUUCACUACUUCAUAACUAAACCAAGUUCUACUGCCUCUGUGCAACUUUCUGAAGCAAUCGAACCUGGAGAGUUUGUUAGUGAACCAUUUUUAAACUUACCAAAGACGUGUGGUCUUUUAGUAUGGUAGGGAAAGAGGGAAACUUUGGAAAGAAACUUUUCCAGGGGGCAUUUUGGAACUCCCAUCACCCCAGACCAAUGGCUGGGCUGGCUGGGGCUGACAGGAGUAGGAGCCGAGCACCUCCUUAUCCUUCUGGCAGCUGCCCUUUCUCCUUUCCUCUCCAUUGUCGGAUUUAUGCGAGGCACUCGCCAGAAACAGGCGUUAUCACCACCGCCAUCCGCCUGCCUGGCAGAAAACACGUCCAGGUGUACUUCGGGGGAAGUUCUCCCUUUGUCCUCCGGAGGGCGCUGCUGCUAAACGCAAGUUCCCCGCGGGAGCUGCGUUUGCAAGGCGGCAUUAUUUCGCCAGCCGAGCUGCUGCGCGCGCGGCGCUUUCUCUUUCUGCCCCUCGGGAGAGUCGCCUUUUUGCACGGCUGCGCUGGCUGCCUUUGAAGUGCAUGGGGGAAACCCGCGAAGCUGCCGCCGAGCGAAGUAAGUAUCGCAGGGCCGAGGCUGCAAGGGGACAAAGCGCGACGAGGAGUUGCACGCGUACUUCGCAAGCUCGAUCUCUUGCUGAAGCACGCUUGGAUUGCGCGGGGCGUUGCAGGCGAUGCUACGCUGUCUUGCUACGUUGCACCAGCCGCUUCGGUAGUUGCUCCUUGCUCGAAUCGUUUAAAAGUUAGCCGUCGUUGACUUUGCAACCAGUAAGAGAUUCAGAAUGGUCUGCAAGUCUCCCAGAUCAGUGGCAACUCUGGCAAUUUAUUUUAUUUUAUUGUUGCAAGCACGAUUAUUUUGCUCGAAGCAUCAUUCGUUUGUGUGUGUUUUUUUUGUUUUGCAUGUUUGCUUCCAGCCGGCACUCGCGGAGAUGAUAAUAGCAUUAACAGAGCUUUUUCAUUCUGUAUCUUAAAAGCCCAGUGCAUUUUCUUUUCAAGAGUUGAGUACAGCUGGGGCGGGUGAGAAGGGGGGGGGGAUACAGAACCCAUUUCCAUCUAGGCUUGAUGGGUGCUUUCGCAUCGCGCUUCUUCGCCUCCCUGCUGUAUUUCUGCGGUUGCUAAUAGCGUUGGAUGGACGCAGAAAGCAGAAAGAUUGGCGGGGGAAGAUGCCAUCAUCACACUUGCGUUUUCUGAGUGGGACGGAGGAGCCAAGAAUCUCGCGUCCUUAGAUUUUGUUUAGUAAAGAGUGCGAUCCUCGAGCCUGGUGAAGCCAGUUUAGACCCAUAUUUGUAUAAACCCAGUUUAAUCUGUUUGCUGAUGAAUCACAAAGCUUAGCGGAGCCUCUCGACCACAUUCUGCACAACUUGUUCUGUGCACUUACCCUGCAACAACUAUUAAGCUUGUUGGAUUGACCAGAUCUCUUCUUCCUUCCCUGCCAUGCACACAGUGACUUUAGAUCUAUUCCUGCAAGACAUUUCCCAUUAAGAAUAGUCCACUUGUAACAGAAAGCAUCUCACAGAGCUGUAAUUAGUAAAAUACAGAGCUAGGGUUCCUAAACGUGUAGCAUACAGGUGGUUGUAUGGUGUACUUGAAUAUAUCCAAUAUUCUGAACUUGCAUAAAUGGUGUAUCCUCAGUAGUGGAGAAAGGAGGGUUCAUCACUGCUCAGUGCUUACACCUACACAGGUAAGCCAACUGAAGCUUAGUUUGUUUCAGGUACCUAAUGGGUGGUGGAGGAGCAUGCAGAUUGAGUUCAGUUUGAUUCUGAUGUAUCCAGGUGUGUUGGAUUCAUUAUCCGUAAUUGGCUUUGUGUGAUCUGCUCUGUGACGGUUUUAUGGCAAAAGGUGGGAUUGGAACACCCAGUGUUCAAAACUCCCAUUGUUCUAGGCACAUUUUGUGACAGGGAAUUUCAUCAGUGCGAGCAGGUUCUGAGCUCUGGGAGCAGUGCUUGCGCCUAAGAUUUCAGACUAAAACUGCAGAGUGGAAGGAAAGGAGGACCUUUUUCUGCCUCCCCACUUCCAGCUACUCUCUGAAGGCUGGAGAAGAGACCCUCUUAAGAAUAUUAGAGGAGUGGGCAGGGGAAGGACUAGACCACAUGAAAAAACCUAAGAUUUUAGCUGCAGUUCAUUCAUUUUCAUCUUUGUAUUCUUGUUAUAAAAAAGUGUGCCUAGCCAUUCCAUUGUUGUGCCCAUAACCUAGAUUUAAGGUGCCAUUUAGCUCCUAGCUUUCAUAUCUCAGUUUCUAACACUGGAGAGACCAAUAAAGAAAUGUGCAUGCUAAUAUUUUGUUUCCCUUGCUGGGAUGGUGUUAUCUGGGGAGAUAACCCUACAUAUUAAGGAUCCUGUAGCUGUUUAUAGGAGCCAUACACUAGAAGAGGGCAGUAGCUCAGUGGUAGAGCCUUGCUUUACAGGCAGAAGAUCCGAGGUUCAGUUUUUGGUUUGGGGAAACCCAGUCAGAUGGCGGGGUAUAAAUGGUUUUUUUAUUUAUUAUUUAUUAUUAUUAUUAUUGUCUCCAGGUAGGUAUGGAAAACUCCUGAGUGAAAUUCUGGGGAGGUGCUGCCAGUCCGUGUCAAUAACGUUGAGCUAAAUGGAACUCAUAGCCUGAUUCUUUAUAAGGUAGCUCCUAUAUUUUACACAAUAUGUUAGCCCCAGCAUGCUCUCCGCCUUCACUUUCCACCUCCCCAAAAGUAAAGGUUUUUCUUCUUCCUUGAGAUCAAGAAAAGAACGUGGCAAUGUGUUGCUUCUGACUGGGCAAUACGUAGAAGGGGCAGAUGACAAAACCCAUCCAAAAAUGCCUCCACAGGAGUGGCAUUUCAAGUAAUUGUCAGCUGAUGAAAAGUGAUAACUACUAAUGCAGGCAUAGGCAAACUCUGCCCUCCAGAUGUUUUGGGACUACAACUCCCAUGAACCCUAGCUAACAGGACCAGUGAUCAGGGAUGAUGGGAAUUGUAGUCCCAAAACAUCUGGAGGGCCGAGUUUGCCUAUGCCUGUAAUAACAAUUAUGGAAGCCUGAGUGCAACCCAUCUUUAGACGUUCCCAAUAUGUUCUCCUGGGACCCCCUGCCCAUGAAAACUUUUUAAAGUUUACUUCCAUCAAGAAUUUGCGGCAGGAGGGGAGUCUUAAUAGGUGUAAAAAGUACUGCCUGGUGGCAGAAAAGUUUUCUUUCCUCAAAGGCAUCAGCCCCAUAGGCAUAGCUAGCUGCUCCUGCCCCCGGAGCAGCGGGGGCAGGGCAAGCAACUCACGGGGCGCCGCAACGAUCCACCUAGGGAGUCUGCCUGGUGGACGCAAGCCCCACGCUGCCAUUUUGGGCAGCGCAGGGCCCUGAGCCACUGCGUCACUCCCAGGAGAGACGUGUGGCUCGGGCGCGCUGCAGGCCAGGCCCCGCAGUAAGUGCCACCCCCCUUGGUGUGCCAUUUUGUCACUCCCUCAGGGACGACACCCAGGGCGGGCUCCACUCCCCUUCCUAUGCCCCUAAUCAGCCCAAACUUAUGUAUCUGAAUGCUGAUUUAGAAGCCGCCAGUGUUCCUCUCUCAACAACCUUGGCCUUGGUGGGCCCAUGCCAGUACUGGGUGGGGAACGAGGCAACAAUGGGCAGAGGCUAGUUUCUCCUACCCCCCCCCAUUCUACUUGGGCAAGCGAAAGGUCCAGUCCCAGUUCAGGGACACAUUACUGCCAGUCCAGAAGACUCAAGGGUGGUGUAAAGGCCUGGGCAGAAAGGAUGUGGCUGGGGAGGGUGCAUGGUUUGGGAGAGUCCCAAGAAUCAGAUAGAGAAGCUUAGAGGGCUUUAUCCCACCCACUCCUGAGCCUGAGGCCCCCCACCCUGCAACUUAAGUCUUGCCCGUGAGUGUUAAGACUGGUAUCCGCAACAUGCACGUUAACUAUGCUCUGUGUUCUUUAGUAAGUGUGUUUGGAAUGGAAGCCUGGCAGCAGCAGCCUUAUUCAGAAGUAAGACCCAUUGAGUUCAAUGGCACUUACUCCCAGGUUAAGUGGGUUUAGGAUUGCAGCCUUACUAGCUGGUUUAUUGACACAUAAGUGGGGACCUGUGGACCCCUGCACUUAAUUCCUGCCAUUAAGCAGCCCCUUUCAAGGAUGCUCCCCCCCCCCCCCAGUUUUUCAGUAUUCUCCCUUUCCAUAUCUUUUCAAAGCUUUGAACUUUCUCAGCCUUUGCAUUUACGUAUUUUAGUAAAUGUAUACCCUUCCUGUUCAUCUGGUGCUGCCUAAGACAGCUAACAAAACACAUGGAUAUGAGUAUGUGUGUGGAUAGCUCUCUCUCUCUCUCUGUGUGUGUGAAAACAAGAUGAAAUACAAAUAAAUAAAAAAGUGCAGAUCUCCUAUCAGGGCAAGGAAUAGCUGAAACAAGACUGUAAAGGUGCAGUUCUAAAUACAUGUAACUUAGCAACUAAGCCCUGGAUUGAGUAGAUCUGACUUGAGAAGUAAGUGUAGGAUCGUGCUGCUAGGUUUUGGGAUUUUGAUCUCGCAGCCAUUGGUGUGAGAAGGGAUCCACUACAAUUCCCCUCCUCCUUUUCUGGAAGCGUGGGCUGAGGAUGCUGAAAAUGUCACUGCUGCAGCUUUUAUGCAAGGGAGAAGAGAGGACUUUUUUCCUUAUGAAACUGUCAAUCUCCCUUAUUAUUUUGUAAGCGAUAAAAAUUGCGUUAAGCUGUUAGCCUCCCCCACAAAAAUCAUCCUAGAAGGCUGAACUGGAAAGUGUUCGCUGUGUUGCUUCAGAUGCAAAACAAAUGGCAAGCUGGUCUUCAGCUGACUCGUAGAAAAACUCUCUGAUUCUAACUUCUCAUACCUGACUGAGUCACCAUCCUUCCUGUCCACAAAGAUGGAUUCCUCCCAUGACUCUUUGUGGUUGCUUAAUCAACAUUUUCACUCUCCUUAUACCAGUUCAGACUGUCCACCAAGCCUACUGUCCACUGUAACUGGCAAAAGCUCUCUGGGAUCUUGGGCAGAGAUCUUUCCCCAUUACUACCACCUGAUUUUGUUGUUGUUGAACGUGGGACUUGGGUUGAACUUGGGACCUGCUGGCAUGCAAAGUGUUAGCAGUAACCAACAGGCUGUGUACACAACACUAUACCUGUAAAACACAAUCAAAGAACAUCAUUCCCUCAAAGAAUUAUGGUUAACCCCUUAAAGAGUUACGAUUCCCAGGAAUUCUUUACAAACUACAGUUACCUGUAUUCUUUGAGAGAAAGAAUGGGCAUUUAUUAUAAUUAUCAUCACAAUCCCACCACAUUUAUAUAGUGUUUAAAGGCUUGGAUUCUAUGGCUUUUCCUCCAGUCUGUAAAUGAUAUAAUAUAUUGCUGCGUGCCGCCCCAAUCUCCAAGCGGUGCGAGAUUUGAGAGGUUCCAGGCGCUCGCCCAGGGUUUGUGUUUCCUUUUGGGAAUGAGGCACUGUGGAGACGGUAGUGUUUUGAUGAUAUAUGGUUUGUUCACACAUAUAUGCAACCUGAGCCUACGAUGGAGGGGCUCACAGCAUCAACGGCCCCAAAGGGUCUUGUUUCUCCCAUAGCCACAGCCUUGGAUUCUAGCAGAAAUCAGCCAUGGCGCGCGCGCUCUCUGCUUUUCCAGCCUGCCACUUUUUCUUCUAGGCCACAUCACAGCAAACUCUGCCCUCAAACCCCAGCUUUGCCCUUCUAACUAUCCGAGAGCUGGAGAAGAAGCCCCCCCCCAUUUCACAUCUGGCACAGAGCCCUUUCCUUUGCUCUCUUAAUGGCCAGUUACCUCAUCAGGAAGCUAGCCUCCCUUGACCAGCUGGCUAGGAUUACAAGUGUCUGGCACCCACAAACUCAUAACAAUAUGAUCUGUUUUUGCCCUCUUUAUUUGGUGGAGAGGGGCCUGAAGGGGGGAAGCAUUGACUGAAGCAUCUUAGUUAAUAAAAUGGUUGAGGCGCAUCUCUUAGCUUUGCUCCUGGUGGCCACAGAGGCAUCCCACGAAAUGUGUGGUAUGCAAGGGGCCUGAUCCUGUAAUCCAAUUUAUUGUAAGCAGACUGUCUCUGUGAAGUUAAUUAAUUGGUGUUGUUAAGACAGGCAGCGUACCACGGCUUAAGCCCCGUAUAAUCCUUCAAGUGGAUUUAAGAAGGGAUUGACUCACCCACAUUUUGUAGACCCAGCAGGUAGGUAGAUAUUCCUUUGAAACCGGUGUGAGUUGUUGGCGACGAAGCUAGAUCUUGGAUCGAGCAACAAAGGUAGCUCACAUUUUAGCAUCUCUUUUAUAUUUGCAGCAUAUCUGAAUAUUAUUAAUUCAAUUAUUUACCAAAAGGGACCAGGGUGGGUUUCAGCAAUUUAAAAAUAUUGGGAUGAAUUCAGCAUUGUGCUUUGUUGAACAUUCUGUCAGUGCAAACUUUUCAACUUGCCAGACAGAACAACUCCCCUCUCCUCUCCUAUUCGCUGUGCUGUUUUCGGGGUUCUCCUGACCCUUCCCCAAAGCUGUUUUUUGGGGGAGCGGGGGGGGAGGCCAGUUGCACAAGUAGAAUACCUUGCCCAGGGCUUCUACAGUUGGGACUUGUUGAUCACAGGACUAUUCCAUUCUAGGGGUUGGAUUCGAAUCUAUUGCCUGUCUUCCAAAGAACCUUUGAAUAUCAGACAAUCUUACCACCUUAUUAUUAUUUCUGCUAUACCCCUUUUUGGCUGUUCAGGCUUUUGAAAAGCAGGAGCACACAAGGCAAUGUCUUCUGGGACAGCUUGUCUUCUGUGGUCUCAUACCACCAUUUCCCACAGGGGCACAUACUAAUACAAUUGUUGGUGCUCCGGGAGAUCCUUUCUUAGACUUGGAAGGUGUAUUUCCAGGGCCUCAGAGACUGCAACAGACAAUGCAUCAGUUCUGCUGACUUUGCAAGGUACAAACCUGAGAGUCCCUGACAGUAAUCCCCAUCUCCCCUCUCAAUUUCUCUCUGACUUAAAGUACGUUACUAUGGGAAACCUUACUGCAGGGAUAGGCAACCUGUGGCUCUCCAGAAUUCAGACGUUGUUGGACUCCAAAUCCCAUCGGCCCCAGCCAGCAUGACCCAAUGGUAAGGGAUGGUAGGAAUUGUUCCCAUCAACACUUGGAGGGCCACCAGACUCCCUGGCCCACACCGAUUAUCCAAAGUUUAGAGAAUCUUUAGAACAUCUUAGUAAAAAUUAGCCAGGUUCAGAGUAGAGAGAAAGACCUGAGCAUGCUUGCAAAGGGGGUCUGGAGGUAACAUCUGCAGCAGCCCAGAUGUCAGUCCCCAGAUCCAGCUUUUUAGGUACCAGCGAUGGCUAGUCAUUUUUGUUUUUGCACUCCUGACAAAGACGAUUGACCUGGCCAUGUCAUAUCAGACAGAAUCAGCUCCAGAGUAGUCCGAUGUUUAUGUGAUUCAAGAAUUGUUGGGCUGUGCCAGGGAUGCAUUCCCCAAAGCUGAAAGAGGCACUAGAUUAAUACACUUCAGAUUCAUCCAAUCUGUCUGCAGCUUUAAUAAAUCUGAUUUCAUCACAUCUCUUAUUAAAUAUGGAUAAGAUCAUCCAGGAUUUCUUUCACUGCCUCGUAAUUCAGUUUCCCAAUUAGCUUGCCCAGCUCAUGUGAAAAGUGCAGUUUCCACUCGUCCUGAAGAUGACAAAUUAAUCCCAGUUUCUAGGUUUCUCUGCCUCUGCAUCAGAUCUGAGAUUGCAUAUUUCAGAACAAACACAGGGCUAUUCACUCCUAGAGAUUUAUCAAAACAAUUCCCUCCCCUUUCUCUCUUCAUAGGUUGCCGUUAACCUUCAGACUGGUCCACGCUUUGAAAUACUGUAAUCUUUUGUGCAUUGUCUAAUUGUUGCAGGUGUUUGAAAAUUAUAAUGAAAAAAAUUAAUAUCCAAACAAAUCUUUAAGGCUCCCCGCAGCAAUACAACUUGUACACCUUUUAAGAUAAUUUCUAAAUCACUUAGUCCUCGGAAUACGUUUUUCUCCCAUUUCAUCUUGCACUUUCCCUUCACUCGAAACCUUGCAUAUUAUGAUUAACACCUGAUUCAUACAAAGCAUAUUCAUUUUUGCAUGGUUAUCGACUCAACUGUGCAAUUACAGUGAUUAUUACACCGUAGAUCUAGGGGUACAUCCUGUGCAGCCUCCUCUCCAAAAUCUAGAUAGCAUGAGUGGCAUCAAUAAUUAUGGAAUUAUGAAGACCUGGGAGCUAUGGCUCUCAUAUCAUAAAUUGAUGACAAGUAGUCAGUUGCCAUUAUGUGUGAAUCUGCUGGUAAUGGCGGUGGCCUUCAGCUCAUGCAUAAGAAGAACCCACUGAAUCAGGCCAAUGGUCCAUCUAAUGGUCCACUGAAGUCCAGAAUCAUGUUCUCACAGUUGCCAAUCAGACACCUGUGGGAAGCCCACAAACAAGACAGGAGCACAUCUGCCUCCUUGCAGUUCCCAGCAACUGGCAUGCAGAGGCAACCUGCCUGGGACUGUGCAGGUAAAACACAGCCAGCAUGACUAGUAGCCACUGAUAGCCUUAUCCUCCAAUCUUUUUGUAAAGGCAUCCAAGAUGGUGCCUGUCACUGCCUCCCAUGGGAGCCAGUAGGUUAGGGUUAUUUUCAUACUCGUCCAGUCUGUUCCACACAAUGAAUCUUAGUCGUGGACUGCAAAACUCUUUUAUUUAUUAAUAGGAUUUCUAACACACCCUUUAUCAAGUAAAAAAUAAAAUAAAAUCCCAGGGCCAGGGACAUAGAAACUAAUAAAAUAUAGUCACAGAUGGAAAUUCAGCAGCGCAGCUAAAACAGAGUCAGAGCUAUAGGCACAAACAAUUUAAGCACCACUCUAAGCAAUAAAUGCCUGAGCAAGCUCAGUGGUAAUCUAGGAUUGGAACCUGGUUGGUGAUUUGAGUCUUUUCCAGAUGACCUGUUUAUUGUUUGCACUGUUUGCAGGGAGGUUAGAUGGCAUUGAACAUUUGUUCUGAUUUGUUUGUGGGGAGGUUAUACCAUGUGGCAUCAAACAGUUGUUAUCCCACACUUUCCAAUGCAUUUUCCUGUCACUUUCCUUAUCGCGAAAAGUCCAAUAUUGGGGGCAGUGGGUUUCUUGAACAAGAUGGCCAAAUCAGCUUUCAUUGGGCCAUCCGAAUUUGCCAGUAUGUGGUUGAAAACAGUGCUAGUCUGGAAACGCCCAAAGUCAGAUAUUGGUUGAUGUUCACACAGAAGGAACAGUCAUUGUUAUUAUUUAUUACAUUUCUAUAGAACCCUUCAUUUGAGCAUCACGGGGCAGUUUACAAUAUAAAAAUGCAAGAAUACAUACCAUAGUAACAAGCAAAAUGGUUUGCUUUAACCGUGGUCUGUUUGACAGAAGGGACGGCAGCAACACGUUUAAUGAAAAGUUGUGACAAAAACUGCUACUUGCAAUAAUUAACUGGCUGUUACAUUGUUCCUGGUGUGUUGGGAGGACAGCAUUCCUCUCGUCCUCAGUUCAUGCUUUGUAUUUUUUAUUUCCCCCUAUUCUUUUCCCACUGUGAUGGUUUCUCUUCUCCCCUUCCCUUUUUUUCACCCCCAGCAUGAAUCAGGACAUCAGACCUAUUUCCUGGUGAAACUUUAGAUGACCUGUAUCUUCAGCCUCUGUUUUUAAAAUGGCAAGUGCUACUUUGCGCCAUGGAGUGACCAUCACUGGAGCUAUCCUGCUGGUGACGGGGACUCUCUGUUUUGCUUGGUGGAGUGAUGGCGAGAUGGGAGCCGCCCCAUCUAGCAGUGAGCCAAAGAUCAUGCCUGAUGGAGAGGUCGGACCAGUGGCAAGCUCUUCUUCCUCAUCUAAUGCAAUGCUCAGGUCCAUAAGCUUCUUCUGCUGUGGAAUUGGCGGUCUCCUCCUCCUUUUUGGCCUUCUGUGGUCAGCCAAUGCAGGGAUAAUUUCUCGCCGCUAUCAGUACCAUUUUUCAAGGGACCUUCAUUACUCCACCGUGGAGCCUCUUGAGAAACAGACCUGCAGGUCAGCACGAUCUUUGCGCCCAAACCUGAUGGGGGUAGAUUGGUGCUUAGCUAAAACUAGGAUACGACGUCUAUGAUGUACAAUGAUAAAAUAUCGCUUUGUGGUAUCAUUUUUUUCCAUUUGCUGCUUUUGAUCUACAGCGUAGCAUCUUCCCUGGCUAGCACUGUUUCAAGGUGAACUCUGCGAUCUCAGUAUAUUGUUGCUUCCCACAUAUAAACCCUUUACCCCUUGGAAAAGAAAAGGGAAGUCAAAUGAUCAAAGGUUAUGUGAAAGUUUCACCUGUAUACAAGACAUGUUUGCUUAGGAAAGCACAAUGGAAAAAGUAAUCGCUGCGGCCCGGUGAUGAUCAGUGGCCCAUGAAAUGCACAUUAACCAGUGGGAAUGUGGUCAAGUUUGACACUUGAUAUUCUAAAUAUUGCGAAAGGGCACAAGUCUCUGUAAUGUACGGGUACUGCUAAAGUGCUGGAGGCAUCUGAUGCAGGGACAAAUGCUUCACUUAAAUUGAUGUUGUAUACAUUUAUUUAUUUAUUUUGCACUUCCUGUCUGUGUAAUUCUAAUAAACCCACAGAAGGUACAUUCGACUAAAGAAAAUUCUCUUGUGCUUUCUCUAUACCCAGUGCUUUUUUCCUAAAAAAAAAUGUUUAGGGGUACUUUCAUUUUCCAACUCUCAUUUUCCUACUCAAUGAGGCCAAAGUUAGAUUCACAAAAUGUUUAGGGGUAUGCGUCCCCCCAGAAAAAAGCACUGUCUAUACCUAUUCAUGUGGGUUUUCCCACAAGAGGCAGCGAUGGCCAACAACUUGGAUGCCUUUAAAAGAGGGGUAGGCAAAUUUGUGGUGGAUGCAGCUAUCUGUCACCGCUAACCCUGAUGCCUGUGUCCCACCUCCACUGUCAGAGGCAAUAGGCUUCUGAACACCAGUAGCUGGAAACUGCAGGAAGGCAGACUGCUCUUGUGCUCAGGCACUGCUUGUGGGUUUCCCACCAAGCAUCAGCUGAGAACUGGAUGGGCCAUUGGCCUGAUCCAGCAGGCUCUUCUUAUGUUCUUAUAUGGUGCACAAGAGACCCACAGUGCAAUCCUGUAUAUACCCACUAAGAAAUAAGGUCAAUAAGAUGCAUACCCCAGGUAAGUGUGCAUAGAAUGGCAGCUGCAUUUACACGUCACGUGCGACAUUGUCUUUGAGGAACACAUGAAAAGUGGGUGGUGGGUUUUUCUUUUUCUUCUCUCUCUUUACAUUUGACAUUGAGACUUCAAGAGUAAUAGCUACAGCUAUGGAGUGGAAAGAUUGCUAAUUGUGCUAAAAUUAUUAAUCUUGCUUGCACAUGCCCUUGCAAACCUUAUUUUGCAUCAAGAUACCGCUUUUUAAAAAUAAAGAUUAAUUGAUUUUUAUUUUGCCUUGGUUUGUUUCAGCACCUGGGAUCCAAGCAGUAUUCCCUCCUAUGAAGAAGCCUUGAACUGCCAGCCUGCUGAAAACACCCCAAACUGCACACAGCCCAACAGCCUGAAGGAGAGCCGCCCCCCCUUGUAUCAAGUGGUGGACGAAAAUGACACACGCCAUGCCGGCCGUAGGCGCAGUUCCUCUGAUAGCGUUUUGUUCCGGAAUAUUCUGCCGAGGCUGGAGUCAGCAUCGUGGGACGACUCGAGCGUCGCCUGCGACACUCCGCCCCCUAGCUAUGAGAGUGUUCGCUCAUGCGACGGAUGAUCUUGGGAUCAGGUUCAUCUGUCUUGGGAAUCUCUAGAUUACUAUUGAGCUGACACCUGCCUUUUUCUUAAAUUAGUUAUUUGUGGCAAGCUGGAGUGGAAAAGCUAAAUAGCUAUUAAAAAUACGAACAACUGUUUUGUCUUUUCGUAGGGGUCCCUGCCGAAUUGUCGGAGGUCAGUCUCGACAUUGCUUUUAUAGUGUGCGACUAGUGUGAAUACAAUGCUUCAUGUGCCGAGAAUGAUGCUUCAGAAGCACAUACUAAGUGCAUAGAAAAUUCAAACUUCCGCUAAAUGAAAGAACGGCUUUCAUAGGUUACACUGCUACAGACCUUUAAGGACAGUACACAGCGAAUUUGGGUAACCAGGCUGUGGAUAUAUGACAUUUUGAAAAUGUUCUGAAAUGCUCUUAAUAAAAUUACUAUCAAUUCUGAA